AUGGACUAACUUACAACUUCAUUACAACAACUUCAUAGAAGGUCUAUCACGGACGACGCUAAAACUCUCCAUGAAAAUUUCAUUUCACUCCAUGGUAAAGUGCGGAAAACUUCGUUAAGAAAAUACUUCCGGAAAAUUUCGAAUGCUAACACCGAGAAUUCCCAGAAGAAAGUUGCUAGAAAAUGCGAUGAAAACUACAACAAAACUAAUUCAAAUUUGCAAACUACCUCACGUGUGUAAACAACGUCAGAAAACACCAACAACAAACCAAGAUUUAUACAGGCGAAGGUGUUUUGCCAAACUGUCAAAAUAUAGAUAAGGUGUGCUCUUUCCUAGUGGCGCGCGCUCGUCCUGAUGCAGGUGAACAUGGAUCAAAGUAAUCGCGUUGAAAUAAAUGCGUUUUGAGAUGACAAAUUAUGUUACCCUUCAAUAUUAUUAUUGUUUGUGCCGGUGUUUGGAGGUGUCGACGUUAAUUGGAACCAAGAAGAAAAGACCGGAUGCGAAAUGAAUAGGAAACGGGUUACCUAUCUGUUCCUGUCGAUGAUGAUGACCGCGUGGAAAUUCGCUAAAAAUGCAUACAAUGCUCAGGUGGUAGAACCAAUUUUUACACUGGAUCACAACCACACGAAUAGCACGCACAAUGGAACGGAGUUGUGGUACGUGUAUCUGCCACCGUAUCAGAUCGACCAGUACAGCAACGCUAGUACCGUGGGUGAGAUGGUGCUGUUUGUCAUACCGGCCGGUUACGUCAAUGAUGGUUUGCUGUUCUUUUGGAACCAGUUCAUUACGUACGGUGUGCGCUACGAAUGGGAAGUGGACGUGGCCGUCCCACUUUGGCAGGACAUCCGCCAGGUAAAGCUCGUACUGACAUCCGAAAACAUGGCACUGGCACGCACCGUUCUGAGUGAUGACAAACAUCUCGAGAUCAGCAUUUGGUUCCAUCCACGCACCUACAUCAGUAUAGUGCGGUUCGUCAUCAAUUUUCCCACACACCGGCGCUACAUUAUCGGUAUUUUACGUGCCGGUGUACAAUUUCUACUAUAAUAGGUUUUUUUACACACUC